AUGCGCGCCAUGCUCCGCCGCCUGGUUUUUCUGGUGUCGCUCGCAGCCGGCGUCAUUGCCCCGGUCAAAGCGACCCAGGACGGCGACCGCUUCAUCGUCGAGUACGCCAAGCACGUGCGGCGCCACGAGGCCCAGGCGUUCGCCUCCACGGUCUCCGUGGUUGCGUCGUGGGAGAACGAGGUCUUCAGGGGCGCCGCCGUAGAUUCCGCGAGUCACACCCUCGAGUCGCUACAGGCCCUGCCAGAGGUUGAACGUGCCUGGUACAACCGCGAGAUCCCUCUCGAGAACGCAGGCCUGACUAGGUAUUAUGCCGACGACUCUGUCUACCUCAACUACUCGACCCACCGCGCCACCGGGGUCGAAGCCUUGCACCAGCAGGGCAUCUUGGGGCAGGGCGCAUUGGUUGGUAUUAUCGACACGGGUAUCGAUUAUACUCAUGAUGCGCUGGGUGGCGGGAUCGGGGCUGGCUUCAAGGUGGCCGGCGGUUACGACUUUGUGGGAGACGGCGAUUGGCCAAAGGGCCCCAAGCAGCCAAGCACCGACCCCAGGGACAGAUCUGGUCAUGGGACCCACGUCGCCGGCAUCGUCGCCGGCAACUCGACCCUGUUCAAGGGAGUGGCGCCCGAAGCAACAAUAUACGCCUACAAGGUUCUGGCAAACCAGGGCUGCACCGAUGAUGCCACGCUCGUCGACGCCUUCAUGCGGGCGUACGAGGACGGCAUGGAUGUCAUCAGCGCCAGCAUCGGCGGUACCGGCGGCUGGGCCGACAACCCGGUGGCCGUCAUCGCCUCUCGCCUCGUCGACCUGGACGUCGUGGUAACCAUCGCCCAGGGCAACAAGGGCUUUGCUGGACCGUUCCACGGCGGCACCGGGUCCGAGGGUAAAAACGUCAUCGCGGUGGGCUCCGUGAACGCCGCGUCGGGCGCCAUGUCGAGCUUCAAAGCCACGUUUUGGGAACUCGACGGCUCCAGGAAGACGGUCAAUAUUGGCUACCUGCCCGGCAACGGUUACUGGGGAGGACCCAGAGGCUGGCGCAUUGUUCCGAUGACGCUGGAUAGCAAAGUGACCGAUGAUGCUUGUACGCCCUACCCUCCGGGCACGGCCAAUCUUACCGGUGUCAUUCCUCUGGUCCGUCGCGGCACUUGCUCGCCCGACGUCAAGAAGAACAACCUGCUCGCGCUUGGUGCCGCCUACGUGCUGAUGUACAAUGACGGAAGAGAAAUGGGGCAGCCCUACACGACCGACUUUGACAACUACAUCGCCACUAUAUCCAGCGACGACGGCGAGGACAUUGUCCAAGCCGUGGCUGCAGGCCUCGAGGUGACUGCCGACUUUUCCGACGGCUAUGUGCCCUUUGUAAGCUGGCCACGCACAAAGGGCAAUUACCCAAGCGACUUUACCUCGUGGGGCGGCAGCAACGAUCUCGGCUUCAAGCCCGACAUCUCAGCGCCAGGCGGCGACAUUUUUAGCACCUGGCCCGACAACCUCUACGGAACUUCGAGCGGCACCAGCAUGGCGACGCCAUAUGUCGCCGGGGUGGCCGCGCUGUACAUUGGCAAGCACGGCGGUAGGGAAAAAUACGGGCCCGGGUUCGCCAGGAUGCUCUCUCGGCGCAUCAUCUCGAGCGGCGAGGGGGUUCCUUGGUUCGACGGCCUGGCCGACGACAUGUUUGCCCCGACGGCGCAGCUGGGUGCCGGGCUGGUCAACGCGGUCAAGGUGGUGGGCUCGACGACGACGCUCGACUUUGACCCGGUGGCGCUCAACGACACGGCCAACUUUGCCGCCACGCACCGCAUCAAGGUGCGCAACGGCGCCGACGGGCCCGUCACGUACAACUUUUCCCUGGUGGCGCACGCCGGCGUCAACAUCCACCACGAGCUCGACUCGUCGGGCUUCUCACCCCGCAUCAAGGCGCUCGAGGAGCUGUCGCCGGCCAAGAUGGUGGCGACGGCGUCCCUCCCGGACCCGCUGACCCUGCAGCCGGGCGAGUCCCAGGAGGUCAGCGUCACGUUCGACAGGCCGACGUUUGGCGCCGCGCGCAACCUGCCCCUGUACGGCGGCAAGAUCCUCAUCAGCCGCGGCGACAGCGACGAGGUGCUGGGCGUGCCGUACAUGGGGCUGGCGGCGGACCUCAAGGCCGAGAUGGCCGACAUGUUCAUGCGGGACACGCCCAGGGCGACGCACUUUUGGACGCUCGAGACGCUGGACGACAGGCCCGCGCUCAACUUUAGCCUGUGGCGGGACGUUGACUUUUUGCUGCUGGAGCCGCAGCUCAAGUGGGCGACGCGGGAGCUGCGGUUCGACGUGUUUGGUCCCGGGUACGACGAGCGCCGCUGGAGCUGGCCGCCCGUCGUCGGCGUCAACGGGUACGUGGGCUCGGCGGCGUACUAUGCCUUGUCUAGCGCCACCAGCUGGAACCCCUAUGCCAAUCCGGAUCCCAUGGACGUGAUCCCGUUCCCGGUGCGGAAUGUGUACCGCAACGCCGUCACGACCGACUACAGGUACAGCUACAUGUGGCAGGGAGUGCUGGCUAACGGGUCGCAGAUCGAGCGGGGCAGCUACAAGAUGCGCUUUGCGGCGUUGAAGCCGUUUGGGGACCCGAACAAGUCUGAGGAUUGGUCCGUCUACGUGCGCCCGUUUGAGGUGUUGGGCAAAUUUGGGCCAAGGCCUUAUUAGUCAUUGUGAGGUAAGAUGAGGAUGUAGUCGACCUUUGUCAAUGUUUGUAUAUAGGGGUUUUGAUCUUGGGGGGCUCAGGGUUAUCCGGCAUAGAUGAGUACCCUAAGAGUAUAUAAUAACUUAUCAUGACAC